AUGUCCUCAGAUGCUGCAGACGAGGUCCUCCGGCAGCUAGGGGUCUCCAAGGAUUACCUGAUUGAAUUUGAACGAGAACGGGUCGAGGGGAAGCGGCUUCUAUUUGCCUGCCUUACGGUUCUCCUCUACGAUUAUUGUCUCACGUUCGGCGACGAGAUCACGUUUGUUUGGCUCAAAGGAACGGCGUUUAGCGUCGCAAAGGCCUUGUUUUGGUUGAAUCGAUAUUGGCCCAUAGCAAACUAUGUAGUACGCGCAUGGUUGUUCUCGCAUAGCUUUUUAUCCCCAUAUCUGUCAGUGAUGAAAUGUAAAAUCCUUCCAUUCACCGGCUGGUCGAGCGUGAUCAACUUUGCGGUCGUUGAGAUUGUGCUCAUGCUCAGAGUAUGGGCGCUUUACGAUCGUUCAAGAUGGGUAAUCGUCUUCUUUGGCUUUCUCUUUGUUGGUGGUCUCUCUGGAAGCUUUGCAUUGCGCAAGGUGCGGCCAGAGGGAGUUGACCUAGCAGAACCACCUCCUAUUAGCCUUACGCGAUGCGUCCGUUCAGGACCUGAUGAGUACUUUUUCCUCUAUACUAUUGGUUUGAUAAUAGAGACGACGAUCUUCAUCUUUCUCGUCUCAAAGGCAUGGACUCAUGCUGUUGGACCACACAAAACCCCCAUGAUCACGGUUUUGCUACGGCAAGGAGCCAUAUACUAUGCAGUCGUCCUCUUAACCCUCACGGUCGUUAUAAUAUCAACUGUGGUGCAACCUAUGUUUGCUCCGGUGGCAGAUUCAAAUUUGAUUGUCGCCAUUACAUCAAUUGCAUGUAAUCGUCUCAUUCUCUCCUUGCGUGGGGUGUACUUUAAGCAAAGGUCGGACUUUACGUCAGCGAAUACAGCCGUUGACGUCCCCAUGAGUCCAAAUGACAUUCAAAUGAACCGAUACCCCGUCGCCCGUGCACAUUCUUCUAGGUUAAAGUCACCUCGCCAUUUGCGGUACUUUACCACAUUUUCUGAAGAUGAACAGGGAGGCGUCUCAGUCUCUCAUGUUGGCAGACAUACAUAA